AAAUCAACUUGCUUCCCGUUUUAAUAUCAACAAUAUGGACAAGCACAAGCACUCAAAGAAAGAAGACCGGAUACCGGAAGCAGAAGUGGAGGAGAGGCCAUUCGAGUCCGGAACGCACGGUACGAGCCUGAGCAGCUUGGAGCAGUGGCUGCCCUCUGGCUUUAACACAGACAAUGCAGGGUUAAACUUUAAUUUGAAUUUUGAUUUGCCGACCUCCUUGGUUAUACCCCAAUUAAGGUCCUCCCGUCCAAACAAUCAACAGUCACCAGUUGUUAAGGAAACUUUCAAUCAUCCUGAGUCGCCAGCUCACGAUCACAGUUUUAAUUCCAUGUCGCCCACUAAUCAUGACAUUGUUGAAUGCUUACCCACAUCGGAGGACAUCUGGAAUUCAUACGAGGAUUAUAAGAAGGGCGGGCCCCUUUGCUGGCCACUGAACCUGUCUGGCAAUAUACAAUGCCAAUACAACGAGAACAUCCCAGUGAUAGCGUACCCAUCAGCAUCUGAACCAGAAGAGUCGAACGCUAGCUAUGAUGAUGAGCAGGAGCAGGCCGUCGCUUGGCUAAUGGAGUCUGACGUGAAGGUCGAAAAGCCAGCAACUCGCAGAAUGUCUUUUAAUAAAUCCUACAGUCAUAAUCAUACCAUGGAAGAAGAACGCGAAUUGGCAACAUUUUUUAAAUUGAAGGCAAUACAAAUGCCACCAGAGAGACACAUCGAUACAUAUAUGGAGCUGCUGCGCUUGGCCAGAACGGAGGAGGAUCAAAAAAUGCUUUAUAAUGCUCUGACAUCCAAAUGCAAAGCGACUCUAAGCGAAGAACAUGUUGCAUCACCUAUGGAGCCGGAACUAGUUGAGGAAUCAGCAGCUGAAGUUGGACAUCUUUUAGAUGUGGCACCAACGGUUGCCAUAACUAUUAAUCAUAAAGUGCAGCAAACCAUGGAUUCAGUUGCAGAUAUUGACGAUAUUGGCAAAACAAUACAGCUGAAGAGCAAGCAGACUGAAAUACAAAAGAGUCCACUUAAAUGCCUACAGCAAUUGUGCCAGGAUGCAUCCGUCGAGAUACCAAGCAAAGUGAAAUCAACAACUAAUUCACCAGAAAUAGACUCCACGCAAAUCCAUCACAGUAAGCAGUUGCAUCUGCCAAGUGUGAGCACAGUUAGCCAGAAAUCCCAAAUUGCUAGCUCAGCAAUUGACGAAGCGAAACAAUCUAAAACCACGAAUGGAAACCAAUGGCAAAAUAACUUCCAAGAAGUUAUCGACCAGAAUAUGCCAGAUCCUGCGAGUGCUACGCAAUCGUUGGGACGAUCCAUGGAUAGCAGUCGCAUCACCGAAGCUACUGUCAACCUGGAUGACCUGAAACGUUGCCUGCUAAUGCCUCCAUUGCCCUCCAAUCCAGAUCCACGACUCCAGCACCUACGCAUCCUGCGUCCACCAACUCAGCGGAAUGGCGAACACGUCAAUCUCCAGAUCGAAAUGCUGAAUGUGAAUGCAUAUGCAACGAUGGAGAUGAAUUGUGGCCUGGACCUAAUGAAGCUGGCCUUGAAGGGGGCCAAUGCUGUGUACAACAGCAACAUUAAAGUGCUUCAGAUGCACUUCGAGGACGGCCAGGCUGCUUGGAUCUGGCACGAUGGCAGCAUACUUAUCACCAAUGUGCCCAGCAAAGCAAUUCUUGCAAAGACUCAAAGCAAUAUUGUACGCAAGGUUCUCGAUGAAAAGGUGCCAGCAGCACUGGUUCAGUGGAAUGUUUUACAUUCCCACACGGUACACGUUGCACAAUUUCCCUGGGAGAUUUGCAUUGAGGAGUUCCGGCAAUUGAGAACCUAUCCGCUGGGCACGGCUGAGGGCCGCCAUAAAUUUGCCUACUAUGUGGAUAAGAGCUCAUCAGGAGUCGCUGCCAAAGUCUUUGAGUCCGGUACCAUCCAUGUGUUUGCGAUGAGUGCAGCGUUAGCUAAUAGCAUGUUGGAGAAGCUUUACCUGCUUACGGCCAAACAUCGCAAGCCCAAGCCAAGGACUAGAAUCGAAUAGAAGCCAUAAUGGAACACUCCAUAUUCUACUAUACAAAACCAUAAAUUUAAUAACAGUUACACUUGUUAGAUUUCAAUAUGAGUUCCUUUAGGUUCGUAACUUAAAAAAGUACUUAGAUCGGCGCUAAUCCGAGUUCAGAAUUUAUUUAAGUGCAAGAAUUUAUUGUAUUUUUAGUGGCUUGUACCAGGCACUAUAAAGAAACGGUUUCUACUACAGCCGUAGCAGCAAACACUUCGUGAUCUAAUACAGAAAAUCGCCUCGAAAACUAAAAUCGCCAAAACCCUAAAUCGACACAAAAAUAUGUUGUCAUUUUAAUAAUUAAUAUGAGUAACAAAAAUUAUAAUUUAAAGAAACACCCUGGAAAUAUGAAUCAUAUUUUUCUAAAUUUUAGA